ACCAAUGAAAAUAUGGGCAAGGUUCAACACCCAUUUUGGGGGGUUCUGUAUAAAGCCGGUCUAUGAACCGACUUAAUCAUUCUAUGCACAUAUUUACCUAUUUAUCUCAUCCCCAGCCACUGGAGCGUGAUUUGUUAUAAUAACAAACUUAAUAAGACAUCAUCUUGUUCAGGAGCGCAUAGAUCAAGAAAAUGUCUUUUGUAGUGAAAAUGAACGGAGCUCAGAACAAUGGCAUCAACGGAAACUUUAUGAACGGGAACGGCGUGCAUCAUGUGAGUGUGCGGACUCAUGUGAGCGUGAACCCUGCCAAACUGAAGAGUCUCAGGCAGAGAUGGAGCGUCAGACCAUCAGAGAUGUCCAAAAAAACACUCAACCCCAUCCGAGCCAUAGUGGACGGGAUGAAACUCACUCCCAACCCCGAGAAACCCAUGAUUGCUCUGUCCAUUGGUGACCCAACUGUGUUUGGGAACUUGCCAACAGAUGACACUGUGUUACAGGCAAUGAAGGAGGCCAUAGACUCACACAAAUACAAUGGCUAUGCUCCCUCAGUAGGUUACCAAAAGAGCAGAGAAGCUGUUGCAAACUUCUACAGCUGUCCGGAAGCCCCACUGGAAGGCAAAGAUGUGAUCUUGACCAGUGGCUGCAGCCAGGCUAUAGAGCUGGCCAUCAGCGUGUUGUGUAACCCGGGGGACAAUAUCUUAGUUCCACGUCCUGGAUUCUCUCUCUAUAAGACGCUGGCAGUGUCUAUGGGCAUCCAAGUCAAGCACUACAAUCUGCUGCCGGAGAAGUCCUGGGAGAUUGAUCUUCAGCACCUGGAGAGUCUGAUCGAUGACAAAACAGCCUGUCUGAUUGUCAACAACCCAUCCAAUCCAUGCGGCUCUGUGUUCACCAGAGAACACCAGCAUAAGAUUCUUUCCGUGGCAUCGAGAAACUGCAUCCCUAUCCUUGCUGAUGAGAUCUACGGUGACAUGGUAUUCCCGGGCUGUGAUUUUCAGCCUUUGGCACCUCUCAGCAGUGACGUGCCCAUUCUGUCCUGUGGUGGUCUUGCCAAGCGCUGGUUGGUUCCCGGCUGGAGGAUGGGCUGGAUCCUCAUCCAUGAUCGUAAUGACAUAUUUGGAGCCGGAAUUCGAGAGGGACUUGUGAAACUCAGCCAGCGUAUUUUGGGACCCUGUACUGUAGUUCAGGGAGCAUUAGAGAGCAUUUUGAAUGAGACGCCACCGGAGUUCUACCAAGGCACCAUCAGUUUCCUUAAGUCCAACUCAGAGAUAUGUUACUCAGAGUUAUCAACUGUCCCUGGGCUGAAUCCAGUGAUGCCAUCAGGAGCCAUGUACAUUAUGGUGGGGAUCGAGAUGGAACACUUCCCAGAUUUCCAGAAUGAUGUGGAGUUCACUGAACGGCUGGUCACUGAGCAGUCUGUGUUCUGUUUGCCCGCUACGGCAUUUGAAUAUCCAGACUUCUUCCGAAUUGUGGUAACCGUCCCAGAGGAAAUGAUGAUUGAGGCAUGCAUUCGGAUCAGAGAAUUUUGUGCACGUCACUAUCGGCCUCGGAGCCAAGACAGCCACGAAUUGGACCAGUGAAAGAAACAGACAGAGAACAGAAGGUCAAAAAAGGAAAGGAAAGGUCAAAGGGUGAAGCAAAAUGGUGUAUGAAGCUGAAGAAUAAAACGAAGAGAGGACAUCAUCCCUUUUUGGAAACCCAGUUUAAUGCAAACAUUAUAUUUAUAUUUUUAUAUGUAUUAUGGCUAGUAUUAUAUAGGGAAGGGUGGGAGGGUAGUUUGAGGGUUAUUGAAUGAAUAUACAAUUUUGCAUUAUUGUAAAAUAUUAUAUGAAGUAUUUUUUUUUUCUUACACUGUAACAGACAUCGUGGCAAGUUUGGGAAGUCUUGGGACCAAACCAUAAAGCCAUUUCAUGUGUAUCCUGCAUGAUGUGAAGUAUUUAUCCAUUAUGUGACAUUUUAGGAAUAGAAUAUUUUGUAAUUUGCAUGCCGAACCAUUUUGAGAGUUGAAAAUGACAUAUAUGGCACAUAUAUGACAUCUAAAGUUUUUUUUUUUUAUUAUUAUUAUUUUGCUUUUAAUCGUUACACCUCAGAAACUAUUUAAAUAAAAUUGUAUCUCAAUAUGUCUUUAAGCACCAAUGUGUAUUAUUAUUAUUAUUAGAAACAAUUUUACAGAAAGGGGAGGAGGAAAGUGUAGGUGGAUUUCAUUUCCCCCCCAAAAAAAGAGAGGAAAAGGACUUCUUUUUACUAGUGUUACUCUUUUACUUUCUUAAUAUAUAAAAAACUGACACAGUAGCAACAAAGCAACAACAAAAAACCUGCAUGACUGGCAAAGAAUAAAUGUUUCUGCUCUUGA